CUUGAAACUAAUAAAGUUUUCAGUAGCAAUAAUGCCGGAACUCAUUAAUUAAGAAACUGAAAACAUUUCCGUUGUAUGUGUUCAUUUAAGUUAGUCAAUGAUUUAAAGAUUAUUUCUUCUACUUAUUUCUGUGCAAACCCAGGAACAAACUUGAUUCGUAUCAUAAGAUGUUUUUCAUCUUACUUUUUGCAACAGCAUACGCUCAAGAGACUCAGUUUCAAUAUGAUAGUGAAAAUGCCCUGUGCAAGGAUUUUCCAUAUCAAACAUGCAAGUUCCGAGGUAGUGAAAAUUUUCCUGAAACUGAGAGAGAGGUUAUCGAAUAUUGCAGAGCGUUGGUCGAUCACUCCAAUUGUUGGUCAAAUGUUCUUCGAGUCUGUGAUCUUGGUGACAGAGCUCCAUCCUUUCGAGAAGUCUAUGAUUCGGGUGUAUUUAUAGAUCUUUGUAAUAAGAAAUACCCUCUAUAUAAUGUUCUAGCGGAUAAUGCAAAAUGCAUUGCAGAUACUAUAGAUCAUUUAAAGAAAAAUGGGUUCUGCUUGAAUCAUAUUGAUGCCCUUGAACAAAAACCAGAAUUUCGAAGCAAAAUAGAAGAUUUACACGCAGGAUACGAAGGAGAAUCAAGGAUGCAGUUGGGAAAUUGCGUGAGCAGUGUAUUUCAAGUUGGGUGUUUAGGCAUAUCGCUAAAAAAUAACUGUGGAAGAAUGGCCCAGAACCUGAUGUUGUGGGCUGUAGAGAAAAGUGGAAUUCUGAAAGUUGACUGCAAAGAAGAAUAUGAAACAACUGUAAAAAAAUUUGUGGAUAUUAUGGAAUUGGAUAUGCGAAAAUGAGUGGUCCAAAAGGAAUCAACUAAAAUAUUAUUAUCUAUUGUUUUUUUGUUUUAUUUUUAAACUGCAUUAAAAAUACAUACUUCUCAAAAUUAUGGAAGAAAUUAUGGUAGCAAGAGAUAGUUUGGAAUUUUAUUAAAACUAUUUUUAUGUGUA